GAUGUGGCCGGACAACGUGGGCCUGCCUAUUGGGGGAGGGAGUGACCCUAACUACUAUAUGCUGGAGGUUCAUUAUGACAACUCUCGCCGAAUGGAAGGCGUCGUGGACGACUCUGGCCUGCGCUUGCUCUACACGAAGGAGCUGAGGAAAUACGACGCAGGCGUCUUGUCGGUGGGCCACGUAGUUGAAAAGGGCCAGGUCAUUCCUCCCGGGCAGUCCUGGAGAACCAUCGGCCACUGCGGCGGCCCGUGCCUCGAGGCGGUCCUGCCUCCUGAGGGCAUCAAGGUGAUCCAGGUCCUCCAACACGCGCACCUCCUCGGCAAGGCACUGACCCUGAGACACAUCCGUGGCCACAGAGAACUGCCCAUCAUUGCCCAGGAUUUAAAUUAUGACUUCAACUACCAGAUAUCCAGGAGACUGAAGAAGGAAGUGACUGUGCUGCCCGGAGACUCCUUCAUUCAAGAGUGCCUGUAUGACUCUAAGGGCAGAACGGACCCAACCUUUGGCGGCCUUGACUCCGGGGAUGAGAUGUGCCAGUCCUUCCUGCUGUAUUACCCCAAGAUGCCCCUGACUUACUGCGCGUCACACCCCGCCCUGGGGAACAUCUACCGGCCACUCGGGGUGAAGAACAUCCAGACACUGAAUAAGGAAGUGAAUGAGGAGGGCGAGAGGAAGCUGGUUGAGGCACUCUUGGAGAAGAAGGAGAGGCCCGCUAUAAAGGAGUACGAUUUUGGAAUGAUCUACAAGAGUAUGGCAGUCCAUGAACCCAGCUCAUUAAGUAACAAGACCUUGUACGACAUUUUCCACGAUAAGAAGACAUGGAGAGACAAGGGCAGGAUGCGGACUCUGCAAAAACUAACUGAAUAUGGCACUCAUCGCAUGAUGUGUCGUAUUAAUGGCCAAGGACAGUUUCAUGACUAUGAGUACCCACACUUCACCUCAAUCAAAACGCUGGACAGUGAAUGUUCAGAAGCCCACGAAUCUCUAGUCUACCAUCUCGUACCCUCAGAGGUGCCAAAGGGAGGUUCGUCCAGCCACGCCCUGCAGCCAGCCAUCCCUCAUUCUCUGCUGCUCGGCUCUGUGUCUCUCUUGUUCGUUCUCCUCAAGUAAAGAUUAUUGGCCCCGAGGAACAACCUCCUGGAUCUUCUACUGAAUACGUAUAAUCUAAUAAGGGAACGUUCAGGGGUAGCCUACUUUACCUUGCCCCUGGUCGGUAAAGAAUUUUAACCUUUUAGCAUCGUGUAAUCAGUCGCCCUCAGAAAAAUUAUAGGAAUAAAAUUAUGCAAAUAAAGUAAUAACGAAAUAAUGGGAGUAAUAUAAUGCCAACUAGCCUUUUUCCUCUGUUUGUGUGCUGUUUUUGUGAGCUUUGAGGCGUUCUGUGCUGGGAGCUUGUGGUGUGCUGGAGGACGACACAAUCAGGAGGAUUACUGCAUACUACUGACCGCUAAGUGUUCUGAUUUAGUAUUUACCUAGUUAGGUAGAGAUCCACAGUUAGUUCUAGGCCACGUGUAUUAAGCUUCCCACACCUACACCAACUUCAACACUCUUUCACGCGAACCGAGUGCUACACGGUUUUAUAUUACUUUUGUGUUAAUACAGCUUUAUCUUAUUUACGUAAGUGAUUUCUCAGUAUAAUAAUAUACGCACGUGUUUUGUCUUGGUAGAUAGAAAUGACCGCGCCUUUUUUCCGAGCCACACCCUCUUCCCCGGGGAGUUGACCUGACUGCGACCUGACUGCAGCUGCUGGUUUGUUUUCCUAGAUACACGUUUUUCCCAAGAGAUUUGACCUGACUACCUCACCGCAGCUGCGGAAUCUUGUUAUUAUUCUAACGCGCCAAAUUAUUUUUGUCUUGCCUCGCCCAUAUCUUCACCAUGCCGUCCCUCAAGCGUUGCUCUGGGUGUGGCCUUCGCAUAGCCAAGCAGUACUUUCUUUCCAAGGACGUUUGUAGGUUCUGCGUUAAAACUCAGAAACAUGGAAACAUGGAAAUGCAGGCAACAGAGACCCUAUUGGCUCAUUACGAGGUCGCCCGCUUGGGUGAUUUAAUCUGCUCGACCGCCACUUGGGGCUUGAUGAGCAGAUGAAAGCCCCUCGUUAUUCAGUUUACUCCCGACGCAGCGAAAUGACGGUCGAUUCUAUAUUUGAAGGAGUUGAUGGUAUUCGCAUUUACUACUUCUGAGGGAAGAUUGUUCCAGUGGCGGAUGACUCGGUUUGAAAAGAAACUCCUUCCAAUGUCUGUGUUACAUCGACUCGACUGAAUGGGUAAACCGUUAUUUCUAGUUCUUGAGUUUGUUUGCAGUUCAAAGAAUUUGGAGUAAUCGACGUUAUUGAACUUUUUUAGAUACUUGAAGACUUGAAUCAUAUCCCCUCGCGGGCGUCUUUUCUCCAAUGUAAAGAGAUUGAAUCGCUUGAGUCGUUCCUCGUACGGUUGAGCCCUUACGGUUGGAAUCAUCUUUGUGGCGCGUCGUUGAAUCCUUUCCAGUAAAGCAAUGUCCUUUCUGUAGUUAGGGGACCAGAACUGUACUGCAUACUCGAGGUGCGGGCUUACCAUGGAAUUAUACAAGGAUAGCAUCACGUCUGGUGUUUUACACUCGAAGUUCCUCGCUAUGAACCCGAGCAUAGUGUUGGCUUUGUUGUAUGCUUUUCUACAGUGAUUCGCGUGUUUCAGGUCACUGCUGAUAGUGACUCCAAGAUCCUUUUCCUCCUGCAUCGCCUGCAGAGGUCUCCCAUUCAUGAUGUAUGUGUGGUUACUAUUCUGGGACCCAAUGUGCAUGACUUUGCAUUUGUCAACAUUAAAAGACAUUUGCCAUUUUUCCGACCAUUCGAUAAUGUGAUUGAGGUGUUUCUGAAUGAUUUCGCAGUCGGUCUUUGUGAGGGCCUCUCCACCCACCUUGGUGUCAUCUGCAAAUUUCGAUAUUGUGGAUUUCAGUCCUGAUUCUAGGUCAUUGAUAUAUAUGAUAAAGAGGAUGGGUCCCAGCACUGACCCUUGAGGCACUCCACAAGUGACUGGAAGCCAAUCGGAAGGCUGUCCGUUGAGUAGUACUGUCAGGACCCAGAAGACGAGGAAACAGAGGAGUGAGAUAUACAACUGUGUAAACAUCUGACAGGACAAACACUAACAAAAAGGGUGACAUAUAUAUAAGUGUAAACAUCUCAAGUACCAAACAGGGAAACAACGAGGGUAAAGGAAAACAGAUACCCAGAGAGGAAAGGCAGGUAUACAACUGUGUAAACAUCUGACAGGACAAACACUAACAAAAAGGGUGACAUAUAUAUAUGUGUAAGCAUCUCAAGUACCAAAGAGGGGAAACAACGAGGGUAAAGGAAAACAGAUACCCAGACUCAGAUACAGAAAACAGAUGCCCAGUGGGCGUGGUCAGAAAGUGUGAACAACCAUUGAAAAAGACUCUGACCCGUGACGUCAGUUGUGGCGACAUGUUAUGAGCCAAUAAUUUAACAGAGAAAUCACUGUGGGAGUGUCUUAAGACUGACUCACGAAUAGCAGGAGAAGUAAAACAAUACAACAUAAUGAGCGAGCAGAUGGGUGUGACAGGAAGUAUUGGCCAUUGGUUAUGUAGAAAAUUAAGGGCGUGUCAAGGAUGUAAGUCCGCCUAAAGCAAAGAAAAAUGUGGCCUAGAAAUCAGUGGUAUGAGUAGACCGAGCUUGGUUCUCGCCUCAAGCAGACCUGCUACUCACUCAGCCGAGAAUGGCUGUUGUGAUCUUAAUCGUGAGUAGAAAUUCGAGAAUCUAAGGGAAACCGACUGUAUUGUCCUGGAGAUUAUAAUGUAGGAGAUGUGAAGUAGGAUUGUGAGUGGGACAGGAUUGUGAUUAUUUGUUUGCGAUGUAAAGCAAAGGUAAAACCACUGGGUGUGGUAUUUGGUGCUUCCGUGACUUGUAGUAGAUUAUACUAUAGGAAUGUGUAGUAGGAUUUUGUGAAGAGAGUACAUAAUGAUUGUGAUGUAAGCAGAGAGAUACAAACCACUGCUUGUGGAACGACGAGUGUUAUUAUUAUUGGCAACAACUGAGCACCUAUUGUAGUAUUAUGUUUAAGACAUGUCGUUUGUCAUAUGUUGCAUCCAUUGCUGAAUAUGCCAGUGUUAUGAUCGUCUGAGCACAGAAUAUUGCGUAAGGCAAUUACUUUCAUUUAAUUUUAAAUAAAUGUAUAUUUUCUUU